UUUUAAGUAGGGCCUACAGACUAGAAGAAGUAAAAAGUACCAAAAGAAGAAAUUCCCAAGAGAACAAACAAAAAUGAAAGUUCCGUAUUAUACUUCAUUAAUAAUAGUUUCCUCAUUCUCCUCUUCAGACUGAACCUCCAUUUAGGAUCCAGUCGGUGGGUGCAGCGGGAUGCCGGUAUGUUUUACCGUUUUCCGGUGUUGUUCCGCCCCCUUCCUCUUGGUUUCGCCCAAACUGGCCUGAGCAGCAGCUCCUCUGCUUUAUCCCCUCUCUGCUACUGCUGCUGCUGCUGCUGCUGUUGAGGAUGAGGAGGAUGACGCUCUGCAGCUCUGUAUGAGUGCACAGUCAAUGGCCUGCUGCUGCUGCUGGACGGCUGCGUGAUGAAUGCGUUACCUUUUUGUGGUAAAAAGCCCGGAAUAACCGUGAUUAUGGAUAUCUUGUAUUUUCUGUGGAUGCUUCCGUCGGUGUGGGCUGUGGAAGAAGUACUGAUGGAUUCAACAACAGCAACAGCAGAACUGGGCUGGACCAUCUCGCCGUCACAGGGGUGGGAAGAAGUCAGUGGCUACGAUGAAAACAUGAACACCAUCAGAACGUACCAGGUGUGCAACGUCUUCGACAGCAGCCAGAACAACUGGGUACGCACCAAUUACAUCCGCCGCCGCGGAGCUCAGCGUAUCCACGUUCAGAUGAAGUUCUCGGUGCGAGACUGCAGCUCCAUACCCAACGUCCCCGGCUCCUGCAAGGAGACCUUCAACCUGUACUACUACGAGUCGGACUCGGACACGGCCACCAAAACGUCCCCGUCCUGGAUGGAGAACCCCUGGGUGAAAGUGGACACCAUAGCUGCCGAUGAGAGCUUCUCCCGGGUGGAUCUCGGGGGACGCAUCAUGAAGAUCAACAGUGAAGUCCGCAGUUUUGGACCCGUCUCGCGGAAUGGCUUCUACCUCGCUUUCCAGGAUUACGGCGCCUGCAUGUCGCUCAUCGCCGUUCGAGUGUUUUACAGGAAAUGUCCCCGAGUGAUCCAGAACGGCGCCGUCUUUCCCGAGACUCUCGCCGGAGCAGAGAGCACCUCUCUGGUUGCGGCGAGGGGAGUUUGUGUUCCCAACGGGGAGGAGGUGGAUGUACCCAUCAAGCUGUACUGUAACGGAGAUGGGGAGUGGAUGGUACCGAUCGGACGCUGCAUGUGCAAAGCCGGGCACGAGGCGGUGGACAACGGAACAGUCUGCAGAGCUUGUGUCUCAGGCUUCUUCAAGGCUGCACAGGGAGACCACUCGUGUCUGCAGUGUCCCAUUAACAGCAGAACCACCAAUGAGGGAGCGACUAACUGCGUCUGUCGCAACGGCUACUACCGCACCGACUCCGACCCUCCACAGAUGCCCUGUACAACCGUUCCAUCAGCUCCACAAAACGUCAUCUCCAUCGUGAACGAGACGUCUCUGCGGCUGGAGUGGACUCCGCCGCAGGAGGGCGGCGGCAGGGAGGACGUCGUCUACAACAUCAUCUGCAAGAGCUGCGGCAGCGGGCGAGGGGGAUGCACCCGCUGUGGAGACAACGUGCAGUUUGUCCCCCGGCAGCUGGGACUGACAGAAAACCGCGUCCACAUCAGCGACCUCCUGGCUCACACCCAGUACACCUUUGAAAUACAAGCUGUGAACGGAGUGUCCGACCAGAGUCCUUACUCGCCGCAGUACACCUCAGUCAACAUAACCACAAACCAAGCUGCUCCAUCAUCAGUUUCCAUCAUCCACCAGGUCAGCAGGAGCACGACCAGCAUCACUCUGUCCUGGUCCCAACCUGACCAGCCCAACGGAGUCAUCCUGGACUACGAGCUGCAGUACUACGAGAAGAACCAAGCGGAGUGGAAUUCGUCCCUCACGAGGAGUCAGACCAACACCGCCGUCAUCCGAGGCCUGAAACCUGGAACUAUCUACGUCUUCCAGGUUCGGGCUCGGACCGUCGCCGGAUUUGGACGCUUCAGCGGCAAAAUGUACUUCCAAACCAUGACUGAAGAGGAAUAUAACUCCAGCAUCCAGGAGAAGCUCCCUCUCAUCAUUGGCUCAGCGGCCGCAGGAGUCGUCUUCAUCAUCGCUAUCACUGUCUUCAUAAUAGUCUGCCGCAGCAGCAGGAGGAGUUCGGACAGAACAGAGUCCGAGUACACAGACAAACUGCAGCAGCAUUACACCAGCGGUCACAGUAAGUAUUGUUUGACUCCUCGGUGAUCUCUCGUCGUGGAGGAUCUGUUUAUGUCCUCAUUUUCUUUGUAUGUAUAGCUUUUUGCUGUCUCUUCUUUUCUCUCUGUUGAAGUGUCACCAGGGAUGAAGAUCUACAUCGACCCCUUCACCUACGAAGACCCCAAUGAGGCCGUCAGAGAGUUCGCCAAGGAGAUCGACAUUUCAUGCGUCAAGAUCGAACAAGUUAUUGGUGCAGGAGAGUUUGGGGAGGUGUGCAGCGGAAAUCUCCGGCAGCCCGGGAAAAGAGAGAUCCUGGUGGCUAUUAAGACUCUGAAGGCGGGCUACACCGAACGCCAGAGGCGGGACUUCCUGAGCGAGGCCUCCAUCAUGGGUCAGUUUGACCACCCCAACAUAAUCCACCUGGAGGGGGUGGUGACAAAGAGCAGCCCUGUGAUGAUCAUCACGGAGUUCAUGGAGAACGGAUCCCUGGACUCCUUCCUCAGGCAAAAUGACGGGCAGUUCACGGUGAUCCAGCUGGUAGGGAUGCUGCGCGGCAUAGCAGCAGGAAUAAAGUACUUGUGUGACAUGAACUACGUCCAUCGAGACCUGGCAGCAAGAAACAUCCUGGUCAACAGCAACCUGGUGUGCAAAGUGUCCGACUUCGGACUGUCCCGCUUCCUCGAGGAGGACACUUCAGACCCCACCUACACCAGCGCUCUGGGAGGAAAGAUUCCCAUCCGAUGGACGGCUCCAGAGGCCAUCCAGUACAGGAAAUUCACCUCCUCCAGUGACUGCUGGAGCUACGGGAUAGUCAUGUGGGAGGUGAUGUCGUACGGAGAGCGGCCAUACUGGGACAUGAGCAACCAAGACGUCAUAAACGCGAUAGAGCAGGACUAUAGGUUGCCGCCCCCGAUGGAUUGUCCCAGCGCUCUCCAUCAGCUGAUGUUGGACUGUUGGCAGAAAGACCGCAACAACCGGCCCAAAUUCAGCCAGAUCGUCGGCACCCUGGACAAGAUGAUCCGCAACCCCAGCACCCUCAAAGCCAUGACGCCACUGUCAUCGAGCGUCCACUUACCUCUGCUGGACCGCAGCACUCCAGACUUCUCCUCGUUCAGCACGGUAGACGAGUGGCUGGACGCCAUAAAGAUGGGGCAGUACAAGGAGAACUUCACCAACGAAGGCUUCAUCAGCUUCGAUGUGGUGUCUCAAAUGACCAUGGAGGACAUCCUCAGAGUGGGAGUGACGCUGGCCGGCCACCAGAAGAAGAUCCUCAACAGCAUCCAGUCCAUGAGGGCCCAGAUGAACCAGAUCACUUCAGUGGAGGUGUGAUAAAAGGAACACACACACACACAGACAGACAGACACCCGCUCUGUUUACUGUGGGGGGAAAACAAGGAGCCAUUAUCCCUGCACUCUCCUGGAUCCUCGGAGGAGGGCUGAUGACCUUCACACAGACUGAGACUUCAGCGUGACCUCAGCCCGCUCCAUCCCUCCCUCAGAACUCUUUGAGAAGGUUUGUCCAGUCUGCAGCGCAGCACAGGUGUUUGGUCGAUCUCUUACAGCUGCUGUAUGUCCAUGUUACAGUCCUGAACCCAGUCUACACGCUGCUCAGUAUGUCUGUUCUUGGCCAAGUACUUAGUUUUUUAUUUAUUUAUUCCACUUAACUUAUCUCCACUACCACCAAGCCAAAACUUUACCUAAGAAAGAACAAAAAGUUGCACGAGGAACACUGCUUGAAAUUAAAAUUCACAUCAGGUCAGUAGAAAAGAAUCAAACGGAUGCUGCAAAAUGUAAACUUCAGAGUUAGAUUAUAUUUGGUAGCACCCAUUUCUCUUCCAUAGGGAGUCUGUUUUUAAGUAUUUCUUCUUCUUGGUGCUUUUGAUGUCAUGCUCUUCCUGACGGAACAACACAAUGCUGUUGGUUUUAGAACUUUUUUCAGUUGGGAGGCCACAGGGCACAGUGCUGGAGACCUGUUUUUUUUUACUAAUUAAAAAAAAGAUAACGUGCAAUUUAUCGUCUGUGAGGAUAAAAUGUCCGCAUGCAGUCGUGCCACAUUCAGCUGCUUCCAAAUGAAUACCAAGACAGUAAAACCUGUUGUUUGUAGUAACGAUUUCACAGUAGUGAUUCCACUCGUGUGGUCAAACAUGACUUCAGGACGGUCAACGUCGUCAGCUGGCUGUGUGGUUUGUCUUCAUGUUGUUGCCAUAACUCCACAAGCUGCUCUUCUUCUUCCAUAUCCCACUUGGCCCUGGGCUCAGUUGUGUUUAUGUUCACUCCCAUGUUUGAGUACGUAAACAUCCGGUUGGCUGGACGCUUUCCGG